AUUGAAAUGAUGCAGAGACAGGACCCUCACUGAACUGAGAGGAAUGAGGAGGCUAUAGUAUAUAUUUAGGUAUAUAUAGGAGCUCUGAGCAUGUGAAGGCGGAAAGACAAAGCUAUUCUCUUGGAAAUGUAGACGUUUGUUCUCCCCUGUGGCCUGGGGGACUUGGGCAAGGCCUGGCUGCAGGCUGAGCUCCUCCCCUGGGCCAGCCAGGCCAACAGGCAUUUGUGUCUGAAAUAAGACUCUUCCAACUGGGUGGCAGGGACUGUGUAGUAGCCACGUGGCUUGGCUGCACUAAAAGGCCUUGCACUUUUCCCUGGGUCAGGAUGGUAUGUCAUGAUCUCCGAUAACUGAUGAAAAUAGAGUCAAUCCAAAGACUGUUUGUUUUGUGUCAGCUUCCUGAAGGCAGAGCUCCCCACAGUCCUGCGUGUCCACCCACUGGAAGGAGCCUCACCUGUCUACCAACUCUGAGUACCUAGGAUUUGAGGUUCAGGAGAAGCCUCGAAGAUGUCUAAUGACCCGCCCCCUCCUUAUCCUGGAGGCCCCACAGCCCCCCUCCUGGAGGAGAAAAGUGGAGCCCUGCCAACCCCAGGCCAAACCUCCCCUGCUGUGAUGCAGCCCUCGGCAGGCAUGUCACUGCCUCCUGCAGACAUUGGCCCCCCACCUUAUGAGCCACCUGGUCACCCACUGCCCCAGCCUGGCUUCAUCCCUCCACAUGUGAAUGCAGAUGGAGCCUACAUGCCUCCGGGUUUCUACCCUCCUCCUGGUCCCCAUCCACCCAUGGGCUAUUACCCGCCAGGGCCCUACCCACCAGGGCCCUACCCUGGUCCUGGCGGACACACAGCCACAGUCCUGGUCCCUUCAGGGGCUGCCACUACGGUGACAGUGCUGCAGGGAGAGAUCUUUGAGGGUGCACCUGUGCAGACAGUGUGUCCCCACUGCCAGCAGGCCAUCACCACCAAGAUCUCCUACGAGAUUGGCCUGAUGAACUUCGUGCUGGGCUUCUUUUGCUGCUUCAUGGGGUGUGAUCUGGGCUGCUGCUUGAUCCCCUGCCUCAUCAAUGACUUCAAGGAUGUGACGCACACGUGCCCCAGUUGCAAAGCCUACAUCUACACGUACAAGCGCCUGUGCUAACGGAGCCUGGACUGGACUCCCCGCUGUCAGUCUGGACUCCUGUGCUUUGCUCCCUACACUCAGUGGCUCUGUCCCCACUCCCGCUUGGGGGUGGAAGGUGUUCCACCAGGCCCCUGGAACUCCUGUCUUCUUUGCCUUGCCCUUCCCUGAGCAUCUGACCUCCGGCAAAAUUGUUGGAUUUAAGGCCAAGGGUCAGCAAGUGGCAGGGAGCUGGCACUGAGCAUGUAUGUUGCUGGUUUGCUUGGUGUUUGAUUAGGAAGAUACACUGGGAAAGGUCUCUACUGGGGUCUCACUCCUCUGUUUUUAUAUGAGGUAUAAGUUUGGUCCUUAUUCUCGUGGGGCCAAAAGCAGCCAGAGCAAUGGCUAGUUUUCCAGACCUGGGCCUACAGUGGGGCUGUGCCUGUAGCCACAGUUUCUAAUCUGCUGGGCCAAGAGUGGGGACGUGAACCCAAACAGGACGGAGUCCUAGGCCAGGGUUUCUGGGGUGCCAGAGGUAACAUGACUGUCAGAAGGAAUGACUCCCACCCUCAGAACUCUCAGGAACUCAACACCUUGUCCAGGUGCCCAGGAGCCACAUGGAAUUAAGAGAGAGUCAGCACAACUGCUAUUCAUGGGAUAAGUGAUUUGGCCCUGGCUCACCAAGAGACUUGCCUCUGGCCCCUGCCUAGCUCCCCUUCCACAUGCUUCUGUGAACAUGUCUUUACUGGGGCCAGAAGGAAUCCCCAGGACCCCAGCCCCUCUGUCCAAAACAUGUCCUUGCUGUGUGUGGGCAUGAACUUUGCCUGGAGGCUGAUGUAUCCCAGCUGGGACCAGAGAUGGCAGAUAGGCCCCUCCCUGCAGGGACACUCAGGAUUUACAGUGCUCUCUGUAGAUCUUCUCUCUAAUGAACGCUGGGUGCUUCACCCAGGUUGACUCACUGUCACUGUGCUUGCUCCAGGCACUAUAGCAGGAACAACUGUAGCACUGGAUUGGGGACCAGGAAGGAGCAACCACAAGUGGCGGAAGUACCCUGGUGGACUAGCCCUACCCUGGGCCUGAGGCCAUGCUGUCUUUCUUUUCUGAAUGGUUUGUCGGUGAACUUGCACCUGUGGACUGCUGUACCCUGCUGCCACCCCUCUCCUGGUCUCACACUGCCACUGCAUGGCCUUCUCUCACUGUGAAUUGUGACCAGUCUGUUUGUAGUUUCUCAUUAAAUUGGUCCGUUCACUCCCCUGACCUGGGCCUCUGCUCUCUU